UGAUGCUUGAUCCUGAUGCUGAUUGACCCCUGCGUACGUAACAAACCCGGCAUUAGCUGGAGGGCAGUGCCAAGAAAGACGAGAGAAAACGGAUCCUCGGCAUCCACAUCCAGUCCAUCCCAGCAGCGAAAUUUUGCGUCGUGGCGCUUGAUCGACGAGCUGCUUGCUUGUAGAGUAAUUGUCCCCGCUCGAGAAUGUAAUCUAUGCGGCAGCCACCGAGUUGUCUCAUCUACAAACUUGGAGAGAAAGUUCCAAAGAUCGGUUUUCUUUUGCAGAGAGAAUGGGCCAGGCCAAAAGAUUGGAUAGAACAUUAAAAGAAGUGGGCGAUGCGAUAAUAGAGCUACGAACGCAUCCAGGAGGUUCGCAAAAUGAUGAUAGUUGAAACUUCGCGGGAAUGCUGACGUGGGAAUAGAGAUGCCACGUCGCCUUGGAACUCCUUGUGUGAAGAUUGUUUGAAAUCUUUGCAUAACUAUGGAAGAAGCAAUAAUGGUUGUGGAAUAUUUGGACCAUAUGAUUAUGAUACAUUGAAAAAUAAUAGACGUAUAGUUUUGGCUGUAGAGAUGGCAAAGGUGUAUGUGCGAGCCAUGUGUCCUUCCAGUGCCGCAAAGGCCACACAUUCCACGCCAGAAAGCACACUCACUGCCCACUCCAUUCCGCGGCGGAAUGGAAUGCGACCGGUAUGGAAUCCCCGGAUGAUCCCCCCCUCUCCCGCGAGCGAGAGAGGAGAGAGCGAGCAAAGAGAAUAGAAUAGUGUCCCCCCUUGGUGUCCUCCACGCAUCAUUGAGAAGAUUAGAAUCCGUUGUGCUCUCCACUUUGAGUCUCGAGAUUCGAGAGCGAUGAUUUUGUUCGCUGCGCUGCGCUUGCUCCUCCGCCUAUAAAUGUUGUGAGCUGUCUUUGUCUACGCUACGCCUCUUGAGUUGCGCCUUCGUUCUUCCAGUCGGCCUUGUUGUUGUUCGUCCUUCCCUGUAACGUCUCUAGUCGCUUUCUCGGGCUUUUCUCCGCACAGGGUAUCUUUGUCACGACUCCACUCGCGAGAAAGUUUUUGCUUGCUUGCCUGCUGUGAGCGACUUCGAGAGAGCCGAGAGCUUGUUGGUGUUGAUCUUCCCACCAGCCCUCCAGAGCAGACUUUGAAGCUUCAUGUGAUUCUCACCCGCACGAAUCUCAUCCGUCUCACACGCCACCAUGGGAAUUCUCCUCCCACAUCUGCCAAAGGAAUCGCUUACUGAGACUCGAGUCACGAGCAUUUCCUCCAUACCUGAGGCAGCCGCUUUAAAGGCUCGCGAUCUGUCGUCCACCGCCGCUUGUGAGGCCUUGAUGGUAAGCUCCAAGUCUCCGCUUCGUCGGUCCGCCGGUAUGGAUUUAGAAUUAGUUCUCCAGUUCGAUGCCAACCCGGCCGUGCUUUUGCCUAGCAGCGAUAGCGAUAGCAACAGCAAUGCCUUCUCCAGCACUAGCAGAAGCAGCAGCAACUUGUCCGACUCCUCCUCUUGCUCGGACAACGAAUCUCUCUGCUCCUACCGUUGCCUCAGGAGCUUCAACCAGGAGAGCCAUGCAGUCUUUUCCCUCGGCCUUGUUCACGAUGGCGGAGUCAUCUGCGGUGGCCUGGGAAACAACCAGAUCUCAGUGUGGAGACACUCGGAUGCCACUCACCUUCUCACGUUGAGAAGCAAGCUUCACGCCGGUGCUGUCAAGUCGCUGCUUGUGGCUGGCGACAAGCUCUUCAGCGCUCACCAGGACAAGAAGAUCCGGGUGUGGCGGCUUUCCAAAUCCAACCACACGCAGCACACUCUCGUCGCAACGCUUCCAACUCUCAAGGACCUGGUAGCAGAAUCAACGUCGUCAAGGUUCCCGAGCAAAAAGAACAAGGCCGCAAGAUCAGUCCAACAUACCGACGUAGUGUCCGCGCUAGCACUCGGCGACGGCGUCGUGUACUCGGCCUCCUGGGACAAGACUGUCAAGGUUUGGAGGCUGUCCGAUCUCAAAUGCAUCGAGUCGUUCGUGGCUCACGACGAUGCAGUCAAAGCUCUGGUGGCGAAAGCGGGAUUUCUCUACACAGCCUCUGUAGACUCAAAGAUCAAGAUCUGGAAAAGAGAAGCGAGCGACAAGAAAAGUAGUAAAACUUACCACAGGCACUUGCUGGCCAGAGUUCUUGAGCGUCCAGGCAAUUGCUCCAGCGCAGUGAAUGCAUUGGCACUGGGUGGCGAUGGAGGAGAUGACAAGGUUCUCUACGGCGGAUCCAGCGACUCAUCCAUCUCCGUGUGGGAAUUAAAUCCCGACAUGGAAGCCGUGAGCUUGAGUGGCCUUCUCAGCGGCCACACACAAGCAGUAGCUUGCCUGGCAACACUCCGCGAUCUCCUGUGUAGUGGCUCUGCCGAUAAAACCAUAAGAUUGUGGAGAAGAGAGCGAAAGCAAGGAUGCUCACCAUCGCAUAUUUCCUUGUCCGUUGUCCAAGGCCACACCGGCCCCGUCAAAUCGAUCGUGCUCGCCCCCGACAGGAUCGGCCUGUGUAGCAUCACCAGUGGAAGCCUCGACGGCCAGGCCAAAAUGUGGAGAGUCUAUCCCUGCCAGGAGCGAGACGAAGAAGAAAAAGAAUCUCCCCAGUCAGAGCGCUUCUACUUCAAUAGCAGCGAUCCACUCACCGCGAGAAGCGAGGCGCAGCAGUGGAAGCUCAGCACGAUCAAGCACGCCCUAGACGAAGGCGGCCACUUCUUCCGCCUUGCAUUUGAAACCCUCCAAUGCUCAUAGCCAGGAACCCUAGCUUUUUAAAUUCUAGGGUUCUUCCUUCUUUAAUGCAAGUGUAUACUGCAGCGCCA